GUUUCGACAGCGAACAUGUCUCGGCCUGUCAGAAAUAGGAAGGUCGUUGAUUACUCACAGUUUCAGGAAUCUGAUGAUGCAGAUGAAGAUUAUGGAAGAGAUUCGGGUCCUCCUGCUAAGAAAAUUCGAUCAUCUCCCCGAGAAGCUAAAAAUAAGAGGCGAUCUGGAAAGAAUUCACAGGAGGAUAGUGAGGACUCAGAAGAAAAAGAUGUGAAGACCAAGAAGGACGAUUCUCACUCAGCAGAGGACAGUGAAGAUGAAAAAGAAGAUCAUAAAAAUGUGCGCCAGCAACGGCAGGCAGCAUCUAAAGCAGCUUCUAAACAGAGAGAGAUGCUCAUGGAAGAUGUGGGCAGUGAGGAAGAACAAGAAGAAGAGGAUGAGGCACCAUUCCAGGAGAAAGAUUCCGGCAGUGAUGAAGAUUUCCUAAUGGAAGAUGAUGAUGAUAGUGACUAUGGCAGUUCAAAAAAGAAAAACAAAAAGAUGGUUAAGAAGUCCAAACCUGAGAGAAAAGAAAAGAAAAUGCCUAAGCCCAGGCUAAAGGCCACAGUAACACCAAGCCCAGUGAAAGGCAAAGGGAAAGUGGGCCGCCCCACAGCUUCAAAGGCGUCAAAGGAAAAGACUCCUUCUCCCAAAGAGGAAGAUGAGGAACCAGAAAGCCCUCCAGAAAAGAAAACAUCUGCAAGCCCCCCACCUGAGAAAUCUGGGGAUGAAGGGUCUGAAGAUGAAGCCCAGUCUGGGGAGGAUUAAAAGUGAUGAUGGUUUGGGGAGAGAUUUUAUUAAAAAAAGAAAAAAGAAAAAAAGAGGGGAAAAAAGAGAACCUACUUAAGAUAGAACAUGGUUUUGGCUAUGGCUUGACUCAUGGGCUUUCAGUGCUUUUUCCCAUUUGUUUAAAAUAACAUUUUCUCUCUCUCUCUCUUUUUUUUCUUUUCUUUUCUUUUCUUUUUUUUUUUUUUUUUUAAGAAAACCAUUGUAUGUUUAAGUGUUUAAGUUACCUUUUUGUCUGCUGGUCUUCUCUUUGCCACUACUCCCCUCCCCCACAAUGAAAGCCAUGUCAAAUUAAUCACUGGAUUGACUGCUUCAUCUUUUUAUUUUUAAUGGAAGGUGUACCACAGUUGUAAAGCAAUAAGAGUUGAGAUGAACACUAUGGAAACUUUGCUUUUUGCUAAUGAUAGCAAGUUGAACAGUAAUCAAAAACGUAGAAAGGUUUUAGUUAAAAAUGACCGCUUCAUUCUCUACCUGGACUUUUAAAAAAUUAAUUGUCAUCUAAUAUGAGUUUAUAUUGUCUUUAUAAAUGUCUAAAAAAAUCAUGACUUUGAACUUCCACUGAUGAGGCAGGUAGGAGAAAAAGAUGAAUUCUGAAUUAUUAUUGAAAGUACUCAUUUUUACCUUGGAGAGAGGGCAGGAAAUGGGGGUACCUGACCCUGUCUGAGGGUGUGGUUUUCUUUUUUUGUUUCAUCACUUAUCUCUAAGACACUCAGAGCCAGUGAUCCUUUUAUCCUGCUACUGUCUUUAAGGAGCUAAAAAAAAAAAAGGAGGGGUGGUAAAAACUGAAACACUCUUGUUUUAUAUUUCAUUCUCUAAUGAUUCAUGUUUUAAAAAUAUAUAUGUAUCCUGUUUUUCAGAUAAAAUUUUACCAAGGAUCCCCCCCAAAAAACCAAAAACUCCCAUGCUAGAAUUUAAUCGGCAGGAUCAGCCUACACAUCAUUGUGGAUUUCUUCUCAAACUGACAAUGUUUAGGUUUUAAGCAAAUAAAAUUCCAGUUAAUGUGAAACUAAUCACAAAGAGUUAAGAUUUUUCCUUCAUGAAAACAGAGUUGAAAUUAUUUUAUGCUAUAAAUGUGCAUUCAGAUCCCAUGAACCAUGCUUUGUUUUUAUUUGGAGAUAGAACAUUUUCCUUUUCAUAUGUGGAUCUUCCUAUUUCUUCAUAGAAAUGUGGUAUGAAGUACAUCUCUCUACUUCCCAGUGUUCACCUACCCCCAGUGCCUAUCAGUUUUACUAUACGGCACUAUUUUCCUGGCUCUAUUCUUCACUUCCUUCCCAUCCUGUACUUGACGAGAGUAUGUUAAAUGCUGCUCCCAUACUGUUUGGUUUGCUUUCUUCUUUUUAGUUAGUCCGACCCCCUGCUUACUGCUCAUAUUGCUUAAAGCAGGAGACUGGGACUCAGCAAGAUGAGAAACCAUGCAUUUUAGGAAGCCUAUGUGCAGUUGAUAACAGACUUUUUGCCUUAUGAAAGCAUUCAGGAGAUAGAUCCAUAGGUUUGAUCAUCUGCAUCCUGAUACCAUGAGCUAUAGGAAGCAAGGUUUAGGAGUCCUAGUAUGCUAAUAAAUAGAAAAACUGGUGAAAUUUAACUUAUGCCUUUUAAUCUGCAUUUUCUUCCUCAAUAUCCUCCUUUUGUGGUUUUCUUUCUGUCUAAGUGACAGCAUAUUUUUCUCAGAAAACAUGGCUUUCUUGCAGGUGUUCCUAGGACAAAGGGUUACUUACGGAGUAUUUUCACUCUGAUUUUUAGACACUUUAAAGAACAUUCUUACUCUGAUUUUUUUGAAACAUGCAGUGGCAGAGAGUCAUUUCACUGUUGCACUGCGUGUUAAAGAAUGGUUAAGGAGUUUUUAGUACAUGGCCAAAAAUACAGGACUUGAACAUAAGUAGCAGUUGGGUUAUUAUCUUUCACGAUGGUUAAAUUUAUAGUUGUGAACUUUGUAAUGAGGAUGCUAAGAAUUAUUCUGUUUGCUUUAGUGGGUUUAUUCAGGUCUCCAUCUUUAACAAAAAGGUUUGUGUUCAUAUAGUAAAAAACUGAUCAGUGUUUCCACCGUGCACUUCUAUUUUUUAGGGGUUUAUAACUUUGUCUUACAUUCCUAGUAACAUUUGGGCUUUCCUUAGUUAUGUUUCAUGAAGAUUGGGGGAGGGCUCUUUUAAAACUUUAGCCUCGAUUUUUUUGUGUAACAGCCUCUUUAAUACAUUUAUCUGCACUAACAUCUCUGAUUGUGAUAUACGCACAUACUUUAGAGAUAAUCAUGUCUUCUGGGUUACUUGUGUGCAUUUGAUUGGGCUUCUUGUUUAGAGUCCCUUUUAAAAUUAAUUCAUUAGGUUGGAAAAUGUAUUCUAUAUAUCUAGUAGACUGGACAGAGGAUCUGUGUCCCCAAGUGAGAUAGGCUCUGAAUGACUUUUGGUUUCUCCACUUUUUAUUGAUUUAAAACACUCUAGUCUUCCCCUAAAAUCAUGCAUGCAAAUAGGAGGACAGUUGUGGCAACUCAACUGGAAACAGGUGCUCAAUAGUCAGGCUUGGUAGUGAUGUAAGGAUGUAUUACAAGCUAUAAGCCGAUAGUGACUGGCCAUUGGCACCAUCCUUGACUAAACUUCCUCUUUUUCUAGUGUGCCUAUGGCGAAAUGGCAAUAGCAUUCACUGUCUUAUUUUACAGUGCUCAGGAAGUGGGACAUUAACUCUGAAGGUGCUUGUUUGUGUGAUCUGAAUUCUCUAUUUAGCUCUGCUAGGUUUACCUCUAUAACAUAGAUUUCAGCAGCUGCGCUGACUGACACUACAUUCUAGUUCUUAAGAUUCUUUUUAUCCUGACCCCACCCCAGCUAGAAAUGGGUAGCUUACAUUUUAUUCAGUCUGUCUGCUGUUGAUUUUAGCUCUCCCCACCUCAGAUCAGAAUUAAUGUAGUGGGCCCAAAGGAUACAUUUUAAUUUCAGUAAUGGUAGAUUUGUCCUGCUUUCUGAACAUCUCCCUCUUUCAUGUCACCACUCCCUAUUGAUUCCAUAAAGGAAAAUUAAUGGGUGUUUCCUCCUUUAGGGAGAUGAUGAGUGGAAAUCUUUUAAUUUUGAAUAAUAAUAGUUGAUUUCCCUUAUUGCAGGAGCUUUGAUAUUGAUAUUUCACAAUAACUGGUUUGCCCAGUUCAAUCCUCAAUUCAGUAGUAAUUCUUGGUAUUGGUUCAAAUAGCAUUUUCUUGUAGAUAAAUCAAGAGUGGAAUUUGAAGUUAUAAUCCAGUAAAGUUUUUGACACUCUUGUGUCAGCUAAACUGAACGUGACACUUUUUUUUAAUGGUUCUUUUUUUUACCCAUGAACAUUCAAGGAACAAGUGGAUUUUAGUGUAUUGGUUGGGGAAGGGAAUAGUGCUUUUCUUUAAUCAAACUUCAGUUUAGGAGAUGCUUUGAGAGUGUUAGAAAGGCAAGAGCAGAAUUUAAUACCAGGAGCAAUGGAGAAAGUUUUAUAAAAGAUUAUGUGGCCGUUGUUGCUGUUCUAAAGAACAAGUACUGGUUUGAGCAGUUCUUUCUUUGCCUACAUCACCAGUAGCUGCACUGAAAAGAAAAAACUAUAAACUUAAAAGUUUGGAAAAGACAAAACCUGGCCUUGGUCUUUAUGGUAUUUAGACCAAGAUAUUUAGAACAAGUAAUUACACAUUUUCUACCAAGGGAGAGUGAAAGUAUAACAAGCUGGUUGCUCCAGAGGUUAGAAAAUUAUCCUAUUCUCUGGAUGAAGCUGGGUUUACUUGAAAAUGGAGAAUUGGUUUAUUUUUUGAGUAUUGGAACAUCAGAAUAUCUAUAGGAAAGUUUCAGUCUCAACCCAUUUUCCCUUUAGUCUUGGAUAAACUCGAUACAACAUGAUUCCCUGUUUGAAUCCCAAAUCUGUAAGUUACACUUUUUUUCAAAGUCUAAUUCACAAAAUUCACAGUGGUGCUGACUGUGUAUUAACCACUAUUGAGAAAAAUCCCGUAAACCUGCCUGUUGCCAUGCCAAUGAAAUGACUGAACUGGUGACAUCUGUCUGAGCAUGCUUCGUGUGGCUGGUAGAAUGCCACCGUUGUGCAUACUCUUUGAACAUCAGGGGUGAAGGGAGGGUUUUCUAGAUUAUGGGGGGAGGGUAAAAUUGGGAUUUUUUGUUCCUUUUUUGAUGGGGUGUGGGAGUAUAGUACUCAGCUUAUGCCCCAAAAUAACAUGUAUAAAAACCCCUGAAGUAUUGUGUGAAUGUGUGUGUGAGUGUGUGUUUGUAUAUGUCUGGCAGUUAAACCUUUGUCUUCUGGAAAUCAGUGAAUUCUUUUCUUUUUUUUUCCUCCAGAAGUAUUUGUUACAAGAUUUGUAAAUAAGAGCUCUACUUAGUUUGUUUACCCUGAACGUGUUGCAGCAAACCUUAUAUGCCUAAUUCCUGCAAGGUUUAAGGAAAGACUUUAAGACUUGCCAGGUUAAGCAGCAGCCAAGUUCUCAGUAAUUGUUUGCCUUGAUUCAUCUUUUAGACUUUUCAUUUUGCCAGCUCUAAAACUCCCAGUCUCCUUGAUUUUAGUUCUUAAUCUUUUAUAUUCUGAGCAGGAAGGGUAAAAAAAAGAGGAACCUGCUUAAAUGUAUUAAUUAGUCCAUGAGCUGAGACCGGGGCAUCCCUUACUUCAUACUGCAAUGUUGCUAGAUACAUGAUCAGACACCAGAGGGUUGGGCAUUCUUGCAAUACCUUAACAGUGCUGAAAUCUGCAGCAUGGUACUAAGGAAGUUAAAGUUUGAAUGUAACCACUUUAUUUAAAAGUUUUUUUCUUUAAUUUAAAUGAAAUAGGGUUGAAGUGAACAUGAUUUGUUGACCAUGUUCGUGAAUUAUAGAUGCAACAUGCAUUGGUAGAAUCGUGUGAUGGUCUUUUGUGAUACUUAAUUUUCACAUAUCCCAGUCUCUGUAUGUAUCUGCAUAGACAAAGAAAAAACAAACUCCUGCUUUGCUUUUAUUGAAGGGUUUCCAGGACUGCGUGUCUGCUCCUGAGCUCUGUUUUAAGUAUGUGUAUCCUUCGCUUGUAUUUUGUAUUAAAAAAUAAGAAAAAGAACCCUUUAUUGUUGAGCAUGUUGGCAUUGUCCCCUUUAUUUUUUUCUCUUUUUGGGACAUAUGAAGCAAGUUAUUCUUUUUCUGUAUCUUUUUUUCUUUUGUAAACUUUUUGUUUUGUUUUGUUUAAAAAUGGCUUUAUAAAAGGGCUUUUAUAACCCA